GUUCAGGAGUCGCUCGCUAUGUAACCAUCUACAACGAUCGUCGGAUGAAGUCGAAGUCGUGGUAUUCGGAUGAUGCCGUUUUGGAACUGUGUGAAGUGAACGUUUACGGUUGUCCGGUUGGUAAGUACGGAGAAGGAAACUGCGACAGUGACUGUACAACCUGCACUAAUUAUGGGUAUACGUGCAAACCAUCAUCCAAUAUGUGUGAUAUUUGUGCACCUGGAUAUUAUUCUCAAAGUUGCGUUCCAUGUCCAGUUAAUUGUAAGGACAAUUUUUGUGCGAGUGAUUCUGGAGCCUGCAUAGAAUGUUCACCUGGAUUUUCCGGCACAUACUGUAGAUGUCCACUCAACUGUAAAGAUGCUAGCUGUCCUCUACCCACCGGCUAUUGUACUGAAUGUUUUGAUAGCUUCUAUGGAGAUCGUUGUAAUCUGACUUGUCCGAGUAACUGUUUAACUAAUGUGUGUGCCAGAAGCAAUGGUCAGUGCACAGCGUGUAAACCUGGAUUCUUCGGCACACACUGUAGAUGUCCAGCCAACUGUAGAGAUCAAAGCUGCCCUGGCGAUUAUUGUAACGAGUGUGAUAUUGGUUACUAUGGCAUUCGCUGUGAUUUGGUCUGUCCUAAUAACUGUGAUAACAUGGGGUGUAACAGAACCAGUGGUGAAUGCAUAGCAUGUACACCUGGAUUCUCGGGCACAUACUGUAGAUGUCCAGCCAAUUGUAGAGAUGAAACCUGCCCAGCGGAUACCGGGUAUUGUAACGACUGUAAUGACGGAUACUACGGACAAUUCUGUACUCCAUGUCCCGAUAGCUGUCGCAAUAAUGCAUGCAACAAGACUUCCGGUUAUUGUUUAGAAUGCAAUGAUGGCUACUUCAACAUUCAUUGUAAUCAGUCAUGUCCAGUUAACUGCAAAGGUCGCAUUUGUAACAUAGACAGUGCUGAAUGCACAGAAUGUGAACCUGGAUUUCAUGGUAGUCUCUGCAACCAGACGUGCCCCACAAACUGUAAAAACAACAUUUGCAUCAUGCAAGAUGGACGGUGCCUAGAAAUCGAGGCUUUGACAAGCGAUCCUGAUAGCCAAAUUGGAACACAUGCCGGAGUUGGUGUUGGAACGGCUGUCCUCAUCAUUGUAGUUAUUGUACUGGUUGUUGUAGUUUUGAGACGACGAAAAAGCCAAUCUAAGGAGAGCACGACAUCACAAUUCGAUGAUGAUUCAGACAUAAGAACAUUAUCACAGCCGCCAAAACAACAAAGGCUCGAUAGCCACGCGGUAUCACAGAGGCAAACGCCUCCAGCAAAUGACGACAGAAUCGCAUAUAUGAACGUUGGCGACGUUGGAAACAUGGAACAGGUGGCUUACAGUAAUGUAAAAGCUAUGAAUGGCGACUCCAUUGAAGACAUCCGGGCAAUGAUCCCAAAAAAGAUGAAAAACGGACAAGAGGUGUUUAAGAAUGAAUUCAAGGUGUUACCCUGGGGUGCAGUACAUCCUCAUCUUGAAGGUGCUAAACCAGCAAACAAAGCAAAGAACAGAUUCAAGACAACUUUCCCAUAUGACCAUUCUCGAGUAAUACUCAAUAAAAUUGGGAAUGAUCCCGACUCAACAUACAUCAACGCCAACUUCAUUGAUAGUGUCGACGCCGACAAUGUGUACGUGGCUUGUCAAGGCCCAAAGGAAAAAACCGUAAACGACUUUUGGAGAAUGAUAUGGCAAUUGAACACAGGAAAGAUCGUUAUGGUGACAAACCUUGUAGAAGGUGGACAUGUCAAAUGUUACCAAUACUGGCCUAACGAAGGUUCACCGCUGGAUACGAGGCAUUUCAACAUCACACUAGAUCGGGAGAGAACAUAUGCAUUUUAUGUUAUACGGGAGAUUUCUCUGAGCAAGAAAACGACAAAGGAAGAACGCCAAGUUCAUCAGUUCCAUUUUACUGCGUGGCCGGAUCACGGUACUCCGAACAACAUUGAACUGGUUCUUUUUCACCGUCGUGUGACGUCAUGUGUCACACAUUUGACGGGCCAAAUGGUGGUACAUUGCAGUGCUGGACUAGGGAGAACAGGGACCUUCAUAGGCCUUGAUGCUCUUUCCAAGGCGGAAAGGGAGUCGGGACGAGUGGAUAUAUUAGAGUACAUCAGGACAAUGAGGAAGGACAGAAUGAAUAUGAUUCAAACCCAUGAGCAGUAUAUCGCUCUUCACGAAUUGCUUGUUGAAGCAGCAGAUCUAUCGAACACCCUGAUUUCCAGAAUGAAAUUUCCUGACGCCCUGCAAAAUAUUCUACCUGCAGGGAAGCCAACCAAUCAAACAAAAUUGCGAAUAGAAUUUGGAAAACUGCAGACCCUCAUUCCAAUAUAUAAUUCGGAUUCCUACACAGCAGGAAUGAUGGCAAAAAACAAGGACAAAAACAGAACAAUGUCAAAUAUUGCAGUUGACAUGUUUAGAGCGUUCCUGCGGUCUCAAGGACGUGGUAGGACUGAUUACAUCAAUGCCGUUUUGUUACAGUCACACAGAUCGAAGACUGGCUAUCUUAUUACCCAAUUCCCAUUAAAGGACACAAUUGAUGACUUCUGGACAUUAGUGGUUGAUUACAACUGUGAAAACAUCGUUGUCUUAGGAACACCCUCGGAGGUGAGCAACUUACUAACACUACAGUUGUGUUAAUAUUGCUAACU